AUGGCAGGCUGCAUCCAGCUGCUCCUGGUGCUCCUGGUCCUGCGCUGCACUGAGCCCUCAGUAUUUCUUCCCCGCUCAAAAGCAAAUGAAGUUCUGAUACGAUGGAAGCGUGCUGGCUCCUAUCUUUUGGAAGAGUUCUUUGAGGGAAAUUUGGAAAAAGAAUGCUAUGAAGAAAUUUGUGUCUAUGAAGAAGCAAGAGAAGUAUUUGAAAAUGACGUGACCACUGACAGAUUUUGGGAAAAGUAUAUGGGUGGCACUCCAUGUAUCUCCCAGCCCUGCCUCAACAACGGGUCGUGCCAAGACAACAUCCGCACCUACACGUGCACCUGCUCCUCGGGCUAUGAGGGCAGAGACUGCGCCUUUGCUAAAAAUGAAUGUCACCCAUUGAGGACUGAUGGUUGUCAACACUUUUGCCACCCGGGACAGGAAUCCUACAUGUGCAGCUGUGCUAAGGGGUAUAAACUGGACCAGGAUCACAAAUCGUGCAUUCCGCAUGAGAAGUGUGCAUGUGGAAUCUUGAAUUCUAAAUACAUCAUGACGCCCCCAAAAAGCAACUGGAAUCUUCACAUUUUCCCAUGGCAGGUGAAACUAACAAAUUCCAAAGGAAAAGACUUUUGUGGUGGCGUUAUAAUACAGGAAAAUUUUGUACUGACAACAGCAAAAUGUUCACUGUUACACAGAAAUAUUAGUGUGAAAACAAAUUUUCACAGAACAAGCAAGGACCCACUGAUGAUUGAGGUAAAGAGCGUCCACGUGCACAUGAGGUACGAGGAAGAGACGGGGGACAAUGACAUUUCCCUAUUGGAGCUGGUGCUGCCCAUUCAAUGCCCGGAUGUGGGGCUCCCCAUCUGCAUGCCCGAGAGAGACUUCAUGGAGCGCAUCCUCAUGCCGGGGACAGGGGGACUCCUCGUUGGUUGGACAUUCAAUGGCUCUGAGCUGGGCAACACGCCGAUGCAGAUGCCAGUCACACACAUGGACAGCAAGGAGUGUGGCAGAGACUUUAAUGUGACAGUCACGACAAGGACAUACUGUGAGAGGGGAGCAGCAGCUGGAGUGGUGCAGUGGGCGGAAGGCAGUAUAGUUACCAGAAAACACAAAGGCACUUGGUUCCUGACGGGGAUUCUAUGCUCGGCACCCACAGAACAGUAUGGACAUGCAUUUCUUCUCACCAAGGUUUCAAGAUAUUCACUCUGGUUUAGACAAAUCAUGAAGUGA